UGAUUCCCGCUCUUGAAGAAACGACAAUUUGUCACCUCUCAGUGUCAGGGUUGUUAUUUAUAUAAAAUGCUUUACAAACCAGCGAUGUUUUAGUUUAUAUAGUUUUUUGUUUUCCUUAACGUUUACUAUUUAGCACAAAAAAACUGAAAUUUUCGGUAAAUAAAGACCCCCCCCCCACCCCUCCAAAAAAACAGUUUUUACGCGAGGAGAAAAAAAAUCUUCAAAUACAAUUGUAACAUGAAAUGUGUACUAGCUGGAAGUAAUGUAAAAGCAUUUGGAAAAGCUAUCCAUUCUCUUUCUCGGGUCGGAGAGGAUCUAUGGCUUGACCCGUUGGAAAAAGGACUUGCGGUGAGGUCAGUGAAUUCCUCCAGGUCUGCAUAUGCCUGCUUCCUGUUCUCUCCGCUGUUCUUUCAGCACUACAGCAAGGUGACGACCCAGCAGCCCCGGGACCAGGGAGAUGUGGAGCCAGUGCUCAAGUGCAAGUUGACAAUGAAGUCAGUUCUGCCUAUCUUCAGGUGCCUGGCAACUAUUGAAAGAAACGUAGAAAGAUGCAAAAUAUGUAUUAACUUCAGGGAUAGCCAUGUGGUUUUCCAGUUCUCCUGCAGACAUGGAAUUACCAAAACUCAUAACCUAGGGUUUCAGGAGUGCGAGUCCCUUCAAGCGGUGUUUCCCAGAAACAUGUGCCCCAAUGCGCUGAAAGCACAGGCACGACUUCUAGGGGAUGUAGUAAUGCACUUUCCAGUGUGGCAGGAGGAAAUCACCCUUGCAGUGACUCCAGUAAAAGUCAGCUUCAGGAAUUACUUUGAGGAGGAAACAGACUUAACCAAGGUGAUGCACACAGAAAUUAGUCUGAACCCAGACGAAUUUGACUACUUCCAAGUUGGAGUGGAUUCAGAAGUAACCUUCUGCCUGAAGGAGCUGAGGGGUUUGCUGUCCUUCGCAGAGUCCACUGGCCUGGCUGUAUCCAUCCACUUUGGAACAUCAGGAAAACCUGUCGCCUUCAGUAUUGAUGACAUGGUUCUGGAGGCUAACUUUGUCCUGGCCACGCUGAUUGAUACAGAGAGCCAAGCAGCGUCUCUGAGAAGCACGCCCACACAGAGGUCCCUCGCUGUCAUGACUCAGCCCCCUGUGCCCCUCGCUGGUGAAAUGGAGCUGGCUGAACUGGCACACACAGGUCACGAGGGCAGCAUUGCCAUGGAGACCAACAUCCCUGAGUUGCCUCAAGCAGAGCUGGUAAUCUCAAGCCAGGGCAGUGCUAUUUUCAAUGGGAAAGCCGCAAGGGAAAACGUAAUCGCCUGUCACUGGUCUGAGUAUGGUGUUGGAGUGCACAUGGAUCAGAUACAGGAGGAGGCUGUGGGGGUGGUACCCGCUACAGUAGGUCAUAACAAGUUCCACUCGCUGCUGUUCGGCGCAGUCUCCUCCCAGCAGCGUGGAGAGAAUGCCCUGGUGCUGCCCAGCCUGGCGUGUGCCAGUGACAACGAGGAGGAGCUGGAGGAAGGAGAGAAGAUCAUCGGCCAGGACUCCCUGACUUUCUAACCGUCAUUAAACCUUGCUGCAAUAACCAGGCACUGGGUGCAUAAAGAUAGUGUCUCCCAUUAGUAUUUGUGUUCUUAUAGGGAUGUAUAUCACUUCUGCUUUAUCGUUGUAUCCUUGUAACUGUUCUUUUUGCACACCCUAUUAAAUAAAAUACAUACGUUAAAAUGUCAGCACCAUCCUUAAAGAACAGAAUGUGAAUAGCGGUUGCAUGCAAUACAGCAACAGCAUCAAGGUCUUAAUGCACUGCAAGCAUCACAGGAAUUAUAAAAUAACCCUUUUAAUUAUAUUAACUUUAAUUGCCAUGGAGUACCAGGUUAAAGUUGUGGGUCUCUGUAUAUAAAAAAGUACCUGUGAAAGGUAUUGUACUUGAGGAUAUUAGAUGCGAAUAAACAUCAAAACAAGAUCCAUCAAGGCAGAUUAGUAUAAAUACUAUAUUCUUUAUUUAAAUAUUGUACAGCUCUUAAAAUAUAUUUACAGAAACUAUUCCUGCAUUAUUGUAUUGUACACA